AUGGCCAAACCCGCUAGUUUGCACGAAGAGCUUGAAAAGGAUGCCUCACCUUCAGCCUCUGGAGGUCACGAGUACGCAGAUUCCGAGGAGAACUAUAAGCCCAAAACACUCAAGUUUUGGCUCGUCAUCAUCUCGAUCUAUCUGGCCUUCUUCCUUGUUGCUCUCGACCGCAUGAUCAUUGAGAAGCUGUCCAUUCUCGCUCAGCUCAAGCGCCUCGACCCAAUAGGUCUUCUAUUCUUCGUACCAUCCAUGGUAUGCCUCAUCCUCGCUCUUCAGUGGGGAGGUACGACCGAUGCUUGGUCAGCACCGAGGAUCAUCGGCCUGCUCGUCACAUUUGCAAUUACUUUCAUCGCAUUCCUGGUUGUGGAGUUUACGAUGCCGGAUACAGCCAUGGCCCCGCCUCGGGUCAUCUUGAACCGUUCGAUGGGCGGUGCUAUGCUGUUCAUCUUUCUCCUCGCCGGCGGUAUGAUGAACACUGUAUACUACAUCGCCAUUUGGUUCCAGGCAGCCCAGGGUCAGUCUGCCAUGCAGGCCGGUGUACGCACGAUACCGUUGUGCACAUCGCUUAUUGUCUUCGGCAUUGUUACAGCAGUGAUAACUCAGAAGAUCGGAUAUUAUGUCCCUGCUAUGCUCCUUUCGGCCGUUGUCGCAUCAAUCGCCAGUGGCCUCCUUUCUACACUUACGCCGGAUUCGAGCGCUGGUCAAUGGAUUGGUUAUCAGAUCUUCUACGGGUGCGGGCUUGGCUUUGGGGCUCAAACAGCGAACUUGGUGCCGCAGACUAUUCUGCCGCGCUCAGAUGUUUCCCUCGGCAUGGCGAUGAUCUUCUUCCUAAAUCAACAGGGUGGUGCUAUCUUCCUUGCUGUUGGACAAAACCUUUUCUCAACUCAGCUCGUCAAGCAACUAUCGGGUAACUCCAAACUCGAUACUGAGCUCAUCAUCAACACCGGUGCAACAGACCUCCGAAAAGUGGUAGCGGCGAACGAGAUCGAUACGGUGGUAUCGGCGUACAGCUACUCAAUAACUGGGACGUUCCUGCUAGCAGCAGCACUCAGCGCUUGCACCAUCAUUGGAGCGCUGAUGGUGGAAUGGAGGCGCAUCAACGAACGUGCAGGAAAACCAGCAGAACAAGCGUCAAAAGAUAUAGAGAAAGAGGCUGCUUGA